UUGGUAUUUCUAUUGUUAGCUCGUUUGUUCAUUCAGUGUUUGUGCGUUCGUAGAAAGGAGUCAUUAAAUGCGUCACGAUCAGCUGUGAUUUUAAGUUUAAAAAUUAAGUUGAAACCAAUACUCCAAUCCUUAUAAGUGUGUUGUUGAUUUCUGAAAAAUCGUAUGCGGUUGUGAAAUAUUUUUUUGUAUUAAGAAAUAAUUACAAUAUGGUGGAACCCAUUUUCGACUAUCAAUUUCGAUUGAUAUUAAUUGGAGACAGUACUGUAGGGAAAAGUUCUUUGUUAAAAUAUUUUACAGAUGGAAAAUUUGCAGAGCUUUCAGAUCCAACAGUGGGUGUAGACUUUUUUGCACGACUGAUAGAUGUUGAUGAUGGAACAAGGAUCAAAUUACAACUAUGGGAUACAGCAGGGCAAGAGAGAUUUAGAUCUAUUACCAACUCUUAUUACAGAAAUUCAGUAGGUGCAUUACUUGUUUAUGAUGUAUGCAAUAGAGCCAGCUUCGAACAUAUUCCUCAAUGGAUGAUGGAAGCACGCAGACAUAUCGAACCUCAUCGACCAGUAUUUGCACUUGUAGGUUGCAAAUUAGAUUUAGUAACUAAUGGUGGUAGACGAGAAGUUUCCAAAGAAGAAGCCAGAUCAUUUGCUGAUAAACAUGGUGUUCAUCACAUUGAAACAAGCGCCAAGACUGGUAUUAAUGUUACUGAAGCGUUCCGAGUUGUCACGCAAGAGGUAUAUAAUAGAAUAAAAAGUGGAGAAUACAAGGUCGAAGAUGGAUGGGAUGGAAUUAAGACUGGAUUUUCUCGGCCAGGUGGUUUAGACUUUAAUCUAGUCGAAGCUGAACCUGCUAAAUCCUCGUGCUGCUGAGGUAGUACAAAACUAAAUAAGUUUUUUUUUCUUAUCCGAUUUGAAAUUGCGUGUAGUAAAUUACAAAAACUUUUGAUGUCGCAGCUCAUAUGAUAAUUGUUAUAGUUUUUAAUAUUGUUAUUAUAAAGGAUUAUUGUUUUUAUUUUAUUAUCAUUUUUCAGAAUCCCAAA